AUGGCUGCAGCACCUCCACUAGAAGACAACAAGAUAUACGCACUAAUCAAUUAUGAGGAUCCGUAUGUACAACCCCUCAUCGUCGCCGCGAUCCAAAAACAUUUCCCCCCAGAGACAAUAGAAUUGAUCUCCGAAUUGAACGCUACUCCGUCUAAAUCUUCGCGCGUCCUCCAGUGGGUGCAAUACGAAUCCAUCAAUUUCGAGCACGUAUUCCAACACUCGACGACUAGCCUAGCCAACGCGUACGUUAUUAGGAAGGCGCUGAUACGGAAGCAUUAUCUUGCUACCACGGUGGCGAAUUGGAUUGUAAAGCACCCUGAGUCCGUGCUCGCGAAGCAUGUGAAGCCGAGUGUGGAGUUCGAAGUUGAUUAUGCGGAGUUUUUGGAUGAUGCGCUUGUGGAGGCAUGGGAGCUGCAUGAGAGCUGGAGGCGCAGUAAAGGAAAUGGGGGAAAGGAUUGGUGGAUAUUGAAACCGGGAAUGAGUGAGAGGGGACAGGGUAUUAGGCUGUUUAGCUCGGAGGAGGAGUUGACGCGCAUUUUUGAGGGGUGGGAUCCUGAGUCUGAUGAUGAGGAAGAAGAGGGAGAGGACGACGAUACACGGAGUGACGCGGGAUUUGUUUCUGAAGCUUCUGGAAAAGAGGAGGUUGGCGGUGAUGGGAAAGACGGAGGCGGCAUUAUAACAUCCCAACUCCGCCAUUUCAUCGCGCAGCCCUACAUCCACCCGCCUCUACUCCUCGCCCCACCCUCCUCUUCCUCUUCCUCUCCAUCCGCUACCCACAAAUUCCACAUCCGGACCUACGUUCUCGCAACCGGCGCCCUUCAAAUCCACGUCUACCACCCCAUGCUUGCGCUCUUUGCCGCGAGACCCUACACUCCGCCUUCAUCUACAACCUUAGAGGGACACGCGGAAGACGCACUGAGAGCGCAUUUGACGAAUACAUGUUUGCAGGAGACGGGCGAUCGGGAAGGCAGUGUGGGUUCGUUCUGGAACCUACCCGACAGAAUACCAGAGCAACCCCUCAAUCCGUCUUCCGACGGAGCCAAGGAAGCUUCGACUCCGCUACCACCCAAUGCCAAUUGGAAGGAAGAAGUAUACAAGCAGAUUUGUGCAAUCACGGGAGAAGUUUUUGAAGCUGCAGCGCGCGGCAUGUCGAUUCACUUUCAGGCGCUGCCGAAUGCAUUCGAGAUUUUUGGGUUGGAUUUUAUGAUCAGUAUCGAAAAGAACGGGGAGCUGAGGACGUGGUUGUUGGAAGUCAAUGCGUUUCCGGACUUCCGACAAACUGGCGAGGAAUGUAAGGGUGUUGUUGAGGGACUGAUGGUUGAGGUUGUUAGAGUGGGGAUCAAACCUUUCUUUGGCGAGACGAGUGGAGAGGCAGAUGGGCCUGACGGGGCUAGUCAUAGAAACGGCAAGGGGUUGGUCAAAGUAUUGGAUAUCGAUCUGGGCCGGCGGUAG